AUGCCACAUGAGACAACAGUUGAGAUGCCACAUGAGACCACAGUUGAGAUGCCACAUAACACGAUAGUUGAGAUGCCACAUGCAAUGACAGAUGAGAUGCCACUUGAGAUGAUAGUUGAGAUGCCACAUGAGAUGACAGAUGAGAUGCCACAUGAGACGACAGUUGAGAUGCCACAUAAGACGACAGUUGAGAUGCCACAUGAGACGACAGUUGAGAUGCCACAUAAGACGACAGUUGAGAUGACACAUGAUACGACAGUUGAGAUGCCACAUGAGACGACAGUUGAGAUGCCACAUGAGACGACAGUUGAGAUGCCACAUGAGACGAUAGUUGAGAUGCCACAUGAGAUGACAGAUGAGAUGCCACAUGAGACGACAGUAGAGAUGCCACAUGAGACGACAGUUGAGAUGCCACAUGAGACGACAGUUGAGAUGCCACAUGAGACGCCACAUGAGACGACGGUUGAGAUGCCACAUGAGAUGCCACAUGAGACGUCACAUGAGACGACAGUUGAGAUGCCACAUGAGAUGCCACAUGAGACGACCGUUGAGAUGCCACAUGAGACGCCACAUGAGACGACAGAUGAGACGACAGUUGAGAUGCCACAUGAGACGACAGUUGAGAUGCCACAUGAGACGAUAGUUGAGAUGCCACAUGAGAUGACAGUUGAGAUGCCACAUGAGACGACAGUUGAGACGAUAGUUGAGAUGCCACAUAAGACGACAGUUGAGACGCCACAUGCGACGACAGUUGAGAUGCCACAUAACACGACAGUUGAGAUGGCACAUGAGACGAUAGUUGAGAUGCCACAUGAGAUGACAGAUGAGAUGCCACAUGAGACGACAGUUGAGAUGCCACGAGACGACAGUUGA